GUCAUUGUCGAGAGCUUUUCGACGUUCACUUUUCGACGCCGCCCAGACCCCCUAUUUACGCUUCGCACGCUUCCUUUCAAGCUCCUCGAAGCUACUCACAACGCCCUUUCGCGCUAGGCCGGCCGUCCCCCCCCGCGCGCCACCCUCCCCCGAUAUUCACGCCGCCACGACCACUACCCCGCUGUCAAGCAGCUCAAAUACUCACUCGAAUGCCCCUGGAGAUUCAGCCGCAAUAACGUCUAGCUUUCUCGACCAUGUCGUAUCGAGGGGGUCACGAAGAGGAGGAUCGCGAACAGCGUCAUCAGCAACACCAGCACCCAGCCAUCCGCCUGCCGCGACUGCAGAUCAUGGACGAAGGCAGCAACGCCUCGAUGUCUCACCGCCAUCGUAGUACUUCGGGCGGAAGCCAAUCCGGAAUGGCCGCCUUUGCACCAUGGUCUCCCGGUUCUGAGCAUCCCUCUGCUGCUUCCGGAGGAAGCCAGAGCGGCAUCUCAUCGCCGACGACGUCCUUGCCACCGUUGCACGGCCCAAGCAGGUCGCAGCCAUUCUCCGCCUCGACGAGCCCCAAAUUUCCUCUUCUUCCUGCUCCUACACGGCGUUCGACUAUGAUGGAGGGCUCUCUACCCCCGCUGUCUGCUACCAUGUCGUCCUCGGCUUCUCUCGGCGCCGGAGCAUCGCGCAUCAGGUCAAGCUCAGGGUCAGCGGCGCAUCUCCUCAAUCGCUCGCCUAUGCUCCCAUCGUACAGCCAUUCGACCGCCCCUCAGCACCCUCCUGCAGCUCCCUCAAUGUCGUACUCGACUUCUCCCUCGACGAGCGCCGCAACACCAAGGGGCAUGCCUACGGCUGCUGCCUUCUCACCGCCCGAAACCGCCGCCAUCGAGCGUAAGCCAGCCAAGGCGCACGUCUCCUCAGCCUGCCUCAACUGCAAGCGUGCUCACCUUGCCUGCGACGCCGAGCGACCCUGCCGUAGGUGUACCAAACUGGGCAAGACGGCGACGUGUGUCGACGUGCAGCACAAGAAACGUGGCAGGCCCAGGCUCAAGGACCGUGAAAUGCCGCCUGCAUCUUCAGCUAGUCAGGACCCCAUAGCUGGGCCGGCUGGAUGGUCGCCGGCUCACGCCGAGGGAUCGAUGCCUCCCAGUGCAUCCUUGUAUCAUCCCAGCAGCACGCCGCAAGGCUGGGGACAAGCCGGCCAUCACGAUGCCGCACGACCCCGAAGCUACACCGCGGCGGCUCCCAUGUCAUCUUAUCCACCCUCAUCGUACCGCUCACCACCCUCAUCAUUGCACUCUGCCUACGGCCCGCCGCAACCGCAACCGCAACCGCAACGUCGGGGCGAGCGGACGAUCGCUACACUCCUUUGCGGCACGGACCUCGUUGCAGCGCAUGUCUCGUACGAGUCGCAAACGAUCUUUGGUCUUCCGCCCGACCAAGUACGUCAGCGAUCAGCCGUGGAGCUCGUCCACCCUGCCGACCACCAGCGCUUUGAGGCGGCGUGGGCUCGCCUGGUCCACCCAGUCGAGAUUGCGCCCGUCGAAUUUCCUGCGCUUGGGGAAGAGAUUAUGCGCAGCGAACCGACUCGGUUGCUGGAGCCUGCCCGUGGUACCAUCUUUGUCGAGGAGACGAUUCGUAUGCGUCUGGCUGGCAACUUGUGGGCGCCGUGCUCCGUACGCUUCUACCUUGGUGGGGCCUUUGGGCUCGACUUGUACCGGCCCGAGACCAAGGACCGUGCAUUCAUCGUCACUUCCAUCUAUCCGUUGGCCGCCGGCGAGUUGGCUACCGCCUCAACAUCAUCGUCCUCAUCGGCGUCGACAUCGCACCACCCCAACUUCGAGAUGCUGCGCUCUGUUGAGUUCCCACCUACCUCGCACUGGUCUCAGUCCACCUUUAAGACUCCCUCGACUAACCCAUCGCCGUACAUGCAGCACAGCACCUCGAUGCCUUCGUGGUCGGAGCGUAGCUGGGGUGGCGAGCGAGCGUGGGAUGAUGCGCAGCCACCUCCUCUGGCUCGCCGGACAAGCAUCAAACGUGGGAUGCCCGCCGACUUUGACCAUCACGAGCAACUCCCGGCUAGACGUCCAAGCUACAUCUCGGCGCACUCCGAUGUCCGACCUCGACUCGCAGCUCUGAAUAUUUCGGCGCCCGACCGCGAUACCACGCAAGUGCUCGCAACGACGCCGUCGCCUGUCGAGCGCGGUGCGAUGCCGCCGCCACCUGCAGGUGGUCCCUCUCCCAGAUCGGCUGCCAAUGGCAGGAGCGCAAUGGCAGACGUCCAUCAUCCCUUCUCUUCCUUUCCGUCGUCCGCCUCCUUUGCCCAUGACAUUCCUCAUCACCAGCGUCCAGCGGGCAGCUCCAACGUCAAUACAAACGGGAGCCUGCGCCAUCCCCCCCUCUCCAACGCACGGGAUCUUGCCUCCGCUACUAGCAGCAGUCCUAGCAGGCUCCCACCUACCCCUUCUUCAACUCCCGCCGCCUCCACGCAUGGUGCGAGGGGACUCGCAGCCGUCGCAGCCACCAAGAGCAGAGUUACCACAGGCUCUGCACCCGCUGCCGCUACGACAACUGUAGGCGGAGGAGGUGGGAGCGUGGGCGCGCUGGCUUGCUGAGCAUGCGUGACACCACCAAACUCGCAACAUCAUACCCCACAGGCCCGCCGCCGCGCAUACACGAAGGCGAGCCCAGCACCCGGAACCACGUCAUCGCCGCAAGCAACAAAGCCGAACAGGAGCGCGGCUGGUCCACAAUCCUCUCCGAGCUACUCUCGUUUCACGCCGCUCAUCCAGUCUCAUCGUUCUAUCCUUUCCAGUUUUUGUCGCUGUUGUAUCGUCUCAGCCCUCUCGCACGUCAGGUCCGUGAUGCUACAAAUACGUAAUAGCAUCUCCAUCGCCACCAGCUCUCUAAU